AAGAAUCCAUAUCAUGCUUUUGUGGCUCUCUUUCUCUGGGUUUCUCUGUCUCUUUAUCUGUCUUAUUUUCUUUCUCACUCUUUCUGUGCCUCUGUCUCAGUUUUCUUGGUUCAUUCAGGCUUUCUUCUUGUCCCUUCAUCUCUGUCUCUGUCUCUCUCUGUCCCUAGCCUCUCUAAUCUCUACCUUGCAGCCUCUCUGUCUCUGCAUUUGCCAUCUGUCUCUGUCCAUUGGUCAGAGCUGACCAGAGCCCCUGCCCUGAGUCCGUUUUCUCCUCGCAGCCUGACCACAUGAUGACCAGGUGGGCUCUGCUGGUGCUGAUGAUCCUGACAUUGGCCAGGACCCUGCUUGUCCCAGCAAACCCACUCCCAGGCUUUCAGCUCCUCCCUCAGAACUUUCCCCAGGUCACUCCCUGCCCUGUGACCUCAGAGAGCCCAUCAGCCAGCACCACAGGCCCCUCUGCAACUUGGGGGCACCCCAGCCCUGGCCCCCACCCUGGCUCCCGCAUCACCCUCUCGCUGGAUGUCCCUCUCGGCCUCCUGCAGAUCUUACUGGAGCAGGCCCGGGCCAGGGCUGUGAGGGAGCAGGCUGCUGCCAACGCCCGCAUCCUGGCCCAUGUCGGUCGCCGCUGA